AUGAUGCUCAUCAUCGAGAGUGGUGCGCUCUAUCUCGUAACACAAAUCGUGUUCAUUGUGCCCUUCGUGAUACAACACCCUGCACAAGUCAUCGUGGCGGUGAUUGCCGCCCAGAUAUACGGCAUUGCACUUAUCCUCAUAAUUAUUCGAGUUGGUUUGGGAAUUUCAUCAGAGCAUACCACCAAGGCAAUAAUGUCCGAAUGGAUCGCACGCCGUGGGGAUGACACAGGCACUUCGAGUACCCAGCUCACUGUUGAACGUAGCAUGACCGAGACCGAUAUGGAUAUUCGGAUGAACGACUUCAAUCUCACCCGUAUGAGGGGACACGACGAGACCGAGAUUGCAGAGGUUGAAUUGGCGCCUGUAAGCACUUAUGAGCACAAAGGUGCUUCGCUUGUAUAA